GCAUUCUAUAUACUGCAGAUAACUCUGAAGCCUUUAGAGUGUACCAUGCUGUUUUCCUGGCGUGGAGGCCCAAGAGCCCAGCGCCUGCUGCUCUCGCUUCUGCUCCUCGCAGCCUGGGAGGCAGGGAGCGGCCAGCUCCACUACUCCGUCACCGAGGAGGCCAAACACGGCACCUUCGUGGGCCGCAUCGCCCAGGACCUGGGGCUGGAGCUGGCGGAGCUGGUGCCGCGCCUGUUCCGGGUGGCGUCCAAAGGCAGAGAGGACCUUCUGGAGGUAAAUCUGCAGAAUGGCGUUUUGUUUGUGAAUUCUCGGAUCGACCGGGAGGAGCUGUGCGGGCGGAGCGCGGAGUGCAGCAUCCACCUGGAGGUGAUCGUGGACAGGCCUCUGCAGGUUUUCCAUGUGGAGGUGGAGGUUAAAGAUAUUAAUGACAACCCGCCCCUCUUCCCUGAAAGUAAGAAAAGAAUAAAUGUUGCAGAAUCUAGACCUCCGGAAACUCGAUUUCCACUAGAUGGCGCAUCCGAUGCAGAUGUUGGAGUAAACUCAGCAUUGACCUACCGACUCGAUCCCAACGAUUAUUUCGCAUUAGAUGCACAAAACAAUCGUGAGCAAACAUCUUCUUUGUCACUUGUGUUGAGGAAAAUAUUGGACAGAGAGGAAAUUCAGGAACAUAGUUUAUUACUGACAGCCAGUGAUGGAGGUAAACCCGAGCUCACCGGCACAGUUCAGCUGCUGAUCACAAUUCUGGAUGUGAAUGACAACGCCCCAGAAUUCGACCAAUCCAUUUAUAAAGUGAGAGUGUUAGAGAACGCAUUUAAUGGAACACUAGUGAUCAAGCUAAAUGCCACAGAUCCUGAUGAUGGUAUAAAUGGAGAUAUAGUAUAUUCAUUUAGAAGGCCUGUAUCGCCUGCAGUGGUAAAUGCAUUUAUCAUAAAUCCCAACAGUGGAGAAAUUAGGACAAAAGGAAAACUAGAUUUCGAAGAAAAGAAAUUAUAUGAAAUAUCCGUGGAGGCAAUUGACAAAGGGAAUGUUCCAAUGGCGGGUCAUUGUACCCUUUUGGUGGAAGUAUUAGAUGUAAAUGAUAACUCCCCGGAAGUUAUCAUCACUUCUCUGUCACUCCCCAUUAGAGAAGACACCCAGCCUAGCGCUGUCAUCGCCCUGAUCAGCGUGUCUGACCGUGACUCUGGCGCCAAUGGACAGGUCACCUGCUCAUUAACACCCCAUGUUCCCUUCAAGCUGGUGUCCACCUUCAAGAAUUACUAUUCGCUGGUGUUGGACAGCGCCUUGGACCGUGAGAGCACAGCACACUACCAGUUGGUGGUGACAGCGCGGGACGGGGGCUCGCCUUCGCUGUGGGCCACGGCCAGCGUGUCCCUGGAGGUGGCCGACGUGAACGACAACGCGCCGGCAUUCGCGCAGCCCGAGUACACGGUGUUCGUGAAGGAGAACAACCCGCCCGGCUGCCACAUCUUCACGGUGUCGGCGCGGGACGCGGACGCGCAGGAGAACGCGCUGGUGUCCUACUCGCUGGUGGAGCGGCGGGUGGGCGAGCGUGCGCUGUCGAGCUACGUGUCGGUGCACGCGGAGAGCGGCAAGGUGUACGCGCUGCAGCCGCUGGACCACGAGGAGCUGGAGCUGCUGCAGUUCCAGGUGAGCGCGCGCGACGCUGGCGUGCCGCCUCUGGGCAGCAACGUGACGCUGCAGGUGUUCGUGCUGGACGAGAACGACAAUGUGCCCGCGCUGCUGGCGUCUCGGGCUGGAGGCUCUGGCGGUGCGGUGAGCGAGCUGGUGCCGCGGUCGGUGGGCGCGGGCCACGUGGUGACGAAGGUGCGCGCGGUGGACGCCGACUCGGGCUACAACGCGUGGCUGUCGUACGAGCUGCAGCCGGCGGUGGGCAGUGCGCGCAGCCCGUUCCGCGUGGGGCUGUACACGGGCGAGAUCAGCACGACGCGCGCCCUGGACGAGGCGGACGCUCCGCUUCAGCGCCUGCUGGUGCUGGUGAAGGACCACGGCGAGCCGGCGCUGACGGCCACGGCCACCGUGCUGGUGUCGCUGGUGGAGAGCGGCCAGGUGCCGAAGUCCUCGUCGCGGGAGUCAGCGGGGGUCGCGGGUCCGGAGGCUGCGCUGGUGGAUGUCAACGUGUACCUGAUCAUCUCCAUCUGUGCGGUGUCCAGCCUGUUGGUGCUGACGCUGCUGCUGUACACGGCGCUGAGGUGCUCUGCGCCGCCCACCGAUGUCGCGUGCGGACCUGGGAAGGCCACGCUGGUGUGCUCCAGCGCGGUGGGGAGCUGGUCGUACUCGCAGCAGAGGCGGCAGAGGGUGUGCUCUGGGGAGGGGCCGCCCAAGACCGACCUCAUGGCCUUCAGCCCAGGCCUACCUCCUUGCCCGGGUUCUGCAGAGGGAACAGGCCAGAGGGAAGCUGAUUCAGAACAUUUGAAAGAGGUAAGCUCGUAUUUUUAA